GUUGACAGCAGAUUCGUGUUUCCCCCCCAAACCAGUUUACAUUAAAAGCGACAGUAAGUCGGGACCGGUUUAACGAAAAAAUAAGUUAUUUUGAGUCUCUCCCGAAGAUUUUUUUUAAGAAUUAACAAUUCAGAGGCAACUUGUUUGUUCGUGUUUUCAAAUAAACUAUAGCUAGCUAACGUAAUCUCGGCUGUAGGGUUUUUGGACGUAGCUAGCUUACUAUCGCUAGCUAGCUAGAAUAACUAGGUAAACUAGGCAUCGUUAACUAGAAGGAGCGGAAAUUCAGGCUAGGCCUUGACAACAUUUUGUCAACUUCCUAGUUUGAUAUUACGUGGUCUAACUUUGCUUUUUUUUCCAACGCAGGAAAAUAAAAGUUUGUAAGGGACGAGACGCGGCAAACUCAGGUAGACAGGCGCAAGGUCUGAUAAAAUAGCUGUCAGAUCGCUAUCUGUAAUCGCAUGCAAUUCCGCUUCUGUCCAUAGGACGGUGUUAAUGCCACGCCAUGUCUGGCAUAGCCCUCAGUAGAUUGUCGCAGGAGCGCAAAGCUUGGAGAAAAGACCAUCCAUUUGGCUACGUUGCUGUGCCAACCAAGAACCCUGAUGGCACCAUGAAUUUGAUGAACUGGGAGUGUGCUAUCCCUGGGAAGAAGGGGACGUUGUGGGAGGGAGGUCUGUACAAGCUCCGCAUGCUCUUCAAGGAUGAUUACCCCUCUUCACCCCCCAAAUGUAAGUUUGAGCCUCCGAUCUUCCAUCCCAACGUGUACCCCUCAGGCACCGUGUGUCUGUCAAUCCUGGAGGAGGAGAAGGACUGGAGGCCUGCUAUUACAAUCAAACAGAUCUUGCUUGGCAUUCAGGAGCUGCUGAAUGAACCCAACAUCCAAGACCCUGCACAGGCAGAGGCCUACACAAUAUACUGUCAGAACAGAAUGGACUAUGAGAAGCGUGUGAGGGCACAAGCCAAGAAGUUUGCCCCCACUUAAGAUGGCACUGAAUGGGCACUGAAGAGUCCCUUGCCAGAGAGGGGAGGAGGCACCAGACACCAAGGGUGGGGAGGGUGUGUAAAUAUAUAAAUAUGACAACUUUUGUAUUAUUAUAAUUAUUAUUAUGCUCAGUUGUGUUGUCAUGGUAACCAUGUUGUGAAAAUGUAUUGUGAAAUUUAAACAAACAAAUCAACCAACAAAAAAAAGAAGCAAAAAAAAGAACAGUGGAGGAAAUUUGAACUCUUUGCUUUUGUUCACAACUUGAUGUUUUUUCUUAAUUGAAUGUUAAAUAAAUAAAUCAAUAAAUAAA